GUUGGAUUGAGCAAUCGUCGACCUAUUCGACAAACUCGGCAGCGAAUGCUCACCAAGGGUGUGCUUCACUCGCUGGCGGCGAAUGCUGGAUGGGGCUUCGCGCCCAUCUUCUGGAAGCAACUGACCGCCGUGCCGUCCGUCCAAAUGCUGACCCAUCGAAUCGUCUGGUCGCUACUGUUACUACUCAUCAUGUUGGUGGUGUCGCGGCAGUGGACCGAGUUCCGCGCGGCAGCGUUUGAGCGGCGCGCGUUGGUCAUCUACACGUUUUCAGGCGUUCUCAUGGGUGUCAGUUUGUACUUGGGAGUCUGGUCGGUCGUCAACGGGUUCAUAGUCGAAAUGAGUUUGGGAUUCUUCAUCAGUCCCCUCGUCAACGUCGUGCUCGGCGUGGUGUUCCUCCGUGAGCGUCUGCGGCUUUGGCAAUGGAUUUCCGUGGUGAUGGCGUUCGCUGGCGUGCUCGUCGUGGCUAUCGCGUACGGCAAGUUUCCCUGGCUUGCCCUCACGCUGAGCUCGACGUUUGGUCUGUACGGCCUCAUCAAGAAGAAGGCCCACCUCCCGUCAUUGCAUGGGAUCACACUCGAACUAGGCAUCUUCUUCAUUCCGUCGCUCGUGUAUCUGGUCGUCGAGGAAGCGCGCGGAGAAGCUAUCUUCCUCCAUAGCGACUGGGGGCUCGAUCUGUACAUCCUCGCGUCGUCCUUCGUCACAGUCGUGCCGUCAAUCUUCUACUCGUCCGCGGCGCAGCUGAUCCCACUGACGCUGCUUGGCAUCUUGCAGUACAUCGCGCCGAGUCUGCAGUUCCUGACGGGGGUCAUCGUGUACCACGAGGACUUUACGUUGUUCAAGCUGAUCGGAUUCCUUUGUGUCUGGGCUGGUCUCAUCACGUUCACGACCGAAAGCAUCUACUUUCAGAGACGAGCGAAGCCGCAAGCGGACGCCGCUCCUGAUUUGGAGUGCAACUCAAAGGUGUCUACACAAGAUGUUGUUGACAUGAACAGCUGCGACCCUGAUGACCAAGUCCCGUACGAGCCAUGCCAAACCUCCAAGGCUUGACGAUUGCCAGCUGACCACGACAGAUACAUAAAUUGAGAAAGUACCAAUACUCCCCCUCCCGACGUUCGGGCGGAAUCUAUCGC